UUAUUCUGAAGAAAAACGACCGGAAGUCUUAUUCCAGGGUAACUUUCCCAUCGGAGGCUAAGAUCUAUGGGAGGCAGUAGCAAUGGACGAGUAUCAGACAGAAGAGGAGACUGCGUUUGUCGUUGAAGAAGUGAGCAAAAUCAUAAAAGAGUCAGUAGAAGCAGCCAUAGGAGGAAAUGCCUACCAGCACAGCAGAGUUAACCAGUGGAGCACCAGUGUAGUGGAGCAGUGCCUCAGUCAACUCAGCAAGCUGGGAAAGCCUUUCAAAUAUAUUGUAACGUGUAUCAUCAUGCAGAAAAAUGGAGCAGGUCUGCAAACAGCCAGCACAUGCUUCUGGGACAACUCAAGUGAUGGAAGCUGUGCCGUGAGAUGGGAGAACAAGUCCAUGUACUGUAUCGUCAAUGUUUUUGGACUGGCCCUCUGAACCAACUACAAUGUACCUGAAGUGUUUGCAAUAUUUUGGAUUUUGUGUAUUUUCCAGAACCAGCAUGUUAUGUUUGGUCAUGGUGUCUAUAUUUGAAUACAUAUUGUUUUUAUAGUAAGUGCAAUUAAUUAAAACAAUACUGUGCUUUA